AUGCGAAAACAGGAAGGAUUGAAUCAAGCAGCCGAGAAAAAAAAGAAGCCUGUGGCAAUUCUCCGAGAUAUACUUUACUGCACAGCUCUUGCAGGUAAAGCUUUAAUACGGGACGAAUUCUCCCUGUGUUUUCAGCAGAAAGAGCCCAAAACAGAGCUUACAUUCCUCUACGCGAUGAGCAUCCUCUGCAGGUACAGCAUUAUACUCCCCGCUCGGCUAUUUCUGGCCAUCGGCAUCCUUCUUUUCUACUCUACGCUUAUUAUACUGUCUCGAUUACUGCUUAGAGAGAUAGGAUGCAAUCUUUUCACUACAUACGGGUGCAAAGGCCUUCUGUGGGCCAUGGGAAUAAAAGUAAAACACCACGGAAUGAAAAAUAAGCCCAAAGUGCCGCAUGUGUAUGUCUCCAACCACACAACGUACAUGGACUAUCUUGUCCUGAGCAGCCACAAGUUCUCGCACUCGGUGAUAGCGCAGAGACAGGGCGGGUUUAUGUCUAUGCUUUUAAAGCUCGUAAGCGGUUCGGUGCAGUUUGAAAGAAAUUUGAAAGCAAAUCGAAAAGAAGUGAAAGAGGAAAUAAAAGAGCUAACACAGAAGGUGUCAAUUAUCGUGUUUCCAGAGGGCACGUGUGUGAAUAACGAGUACACUGUCAUGUUCCAAAAGGGUGCUUUUGAUUUGGGGGUGACAGUCUAUCCAGCAGCGAUCAAAUACAACAAAAAAAUAGGAGAUCCGUACUGGAACACGAGAAAGCAGUCGUUUACCAAACACUUUAUGUAUCUUAUAACACGGUGGCGCACAGAGGUCUCUGUCUGGUGGCUUCCUCCAAUGAAGCUGGAGCCCGAAGAAACGCCCUCAGAGUUUGCCUCAAGAGUCAAAAAGAGAAUAUCAGAGCAGGCCGGGCUGAAGAAUCUGGUGUGGAACGGGUAUUUAAAGCACUGCACAAGCCCGGAGGAAAUGAAAGAGGUGAAAAUGUGGGGAGACCAGCUGACGCCCACCCUUCAAACAAUACCUGAUAGAAGAUAG